AUGAUUCAUCGUUUAAUGCAUGUUGAAGAGAUUCCUAUCUUCUGUCAAGUCCAUCAUAUUUUCAAUAUUGCAGGAAGAUACGAAGAUAUUGAUGGUGCAACACUAGCUUUAUUUGAACAAAAUAAUAUCAAUCAAAUCUUUCCCCGAAUAAAAGAUCGUGUCAAAUUCACACAUGAACGUGCAAAACUAAUUGCAAGUCUUAAUGAGCAACAAGAACGUCGAGAUGCAUUGGUAAUUGAUACAUUCGAUUCUGGAUCAGAUAACAAUGAUACGCAUAAUUCAGUGGAUGAAAAUGAAAAUAUCACAGAUAAUAAUCAUCAAUCAUCUGUAAACUCAAAUUCUUCACCUAAUGAUCAUGAAAAUAUGAAUACUCGUGGUCUACUACUGCAUGAAUAUGAAGGACCAGAAUUGACAGAUAGAAUGAAAGAAUAUGUUGAUCGAAGUGAUUUCUCAAAAUUCAAUCCACAUACAAAAAUGCGUAGAGAUUUGUUAACUUUGCUUUUUGAAGAUGUUACAAAAUCUCAUCAAUUACUUUAUCCUAGUAAUGAUAAAUAUCUUACAAUGGCAAAAGGUUUGGCAAAGAAACUUCGUAUUCCUUCAGCUCAGAGCUGGGCAACUCAACUCAAAAAGGUGUACAAUUCAAUUCAAUUCAAUUCAAUUCAUAUAGCAUGA